GCCAAGCACACUCCACUCUCUUCACCCAAUCACGAUGAAGCUUUCGUACAUCAUUGCCUUCGCAGCCGUGGUCGUCGCCUCGACUGCUAUCCCCGCCAGUGCCUCUAUGGGUCUAACCAACAACGUGGCUGAGCUGCAGGUCGGCCGCCAACUUGGUGCCGGCGGUGGCCUCCGUGGCUCCAGCCAGCAGGGCGACCAGUCCCAGAACACGCCCAGCACGUCCCAGAACGAUGGCAAGCAGGAAAAGCAGGACGAUGGCAAGAAAAAGAGCAACGGCGACGACAAGAAGAAGGAUGACGGUAAGAAGAAGGAGGACAAGGAGAAGAAGGAGAAGGAGAAAAAAGAGAAGAAGGAGAAGAAGGAGAAGGAAAAAAAGGAAAAGGAGGAGAAGAAGAAGCAAAAGCAGGAGGAAAAGGCCAAGAAGGACGGUGAGAAGUCCAAGAAGGACGGUGAAAAGUCCAAGAAGGACGGUGAAAAGUCCAAGAAGGACGACGGUGACAAGACAAAGCAAAAUGACGGUGAGAAGUCAAAGCAGAAGGAUGGUGAAAAGUCCAAGAAGGACGACGACAAGAAGAAGGAUGGCGGUGACGAGACGAAGCAAAAAGACGGUGAGAAGUCUAAAGAGGACGGCGACAAGAAGAAGGAGGGUGAUGACAAGUCCCAAAAGCAGGGAGAGGAGUCUCAGAACGAGGGCGAGCAGAAGCAAUCGCAGAACCACAAGCAGGGAGUGUAAGCCUGCAGUGAGCAACUCACCAAACUUAAUGUCUCUUACUUGCUUAAGUUCGCAACAAUAAAUGUCCGUUUACAAGAAAA